UACUUUCGUCUGCACAAGAAGAAGAGAGAGAGGAGACGCCGGAGAAUCAUAAUAAGACAGGAAACUGACCUAAAUAACGCAUUUCUAUCUUAAUUCUAACAUUGAUGUGAGUGAAUAAGAGGAGGAAAGAAGAGCAAAGUUAAGAAAAUGUGGUCAGAUCAGGAAUUAGUGGAGGUGUUACGCAGCAGUGUGCCGUAUUGCCUGGUGGUGGCACUGCCCCUCCUACUGCUGCUGUCCCCCGUGCCUGUGGACGCUGCUGCUGAGUUCACAGUGUAUCGCCUGCAGCAGUAUGACCUCCAUGGCUCAGCACACGGCAGCCGUAGCAGCCUGGUGAAUGUGGAGGCCCGGAGUUUAGAUGCAGGGUCUGUGGGUCGGCGGUGUGUGCUGGCACGCUUGGUGGACCUGACGCCGAGCCACUACCACCGCCUGGUGACUCAGGGCGCUGCGGCACUGCUCAUACUGCUGCCGGCCAACAUCACUGCUCUCACUGAGGAGCAUCACAUGUUGGUGCGGGAGGUGGAGGCAGCCAUGCUGGAGGCAGACACACAGAUGGCAGUGUACCUUGCCCAUGAAACUCAGGAGCUGCUGCACAUCUAUGAGUCGGUGCGCACUGCUACCAACACUGACUCAGCCACCUCAGCUGCUGCAGCCUUGAUGAGUUCACUGUCCACUGAUGGCUACCAGAUAGUCGUGGGUGGCAGUCAGUCCAAGCUGGUGCCGGACAUGACCAUUGCCAACAUUCAGGGAAAGUUGAGUGGCUAUGGUGUGGAGGAACAGCUUCCAACAAUUGCAAUAGUAGCGCACUAUGAUGCCUUUGGAGCAGCACCGGAGUUGGCGUGGGGUGCAGACAGUAAUGGGUCAGGGGUGGUGGUGUUGCUGGAGCUGGCACGCAUCCUGUCACGCCUCUAUGCUUCACCACGCACCCACCCACGCCUCAACCUGGCCUUCCUGCUGUCUGGGGGAGGCUACAUCAACUAUCAGGGGUCCAAAAGGUUCCUUGAGGACCACCUGGAUGCCUCAGACUCACCGCUACUCUCUGAGACAUACUACACCCUGUGCCUGGACACCUUGGGCAGUGGCACUUCCCUCAGGUUGCACGUGUCCAAGCGGCCCAAGGAGACUUCCCCGGGCCACAGCUUCUACCAGGCCCUGGAGGAGGAGGGUAGCAAGGCUGGCCUGGUGGUGGAGAUGGUGCACCGGAAGAUCAACCUUCAGGAGGACACACAGGCCUGGGAACACGAGAAGUACAGCAUGAGGAGACUGCCAGCCUUUACUCUCUCCAGGCUCCAGGGCCCCAAGACUGGAGAGCGCGGCAGCAUACUGGAUACAAGGGACACCAUUGAUGUGGCAGCACUGACUAGGAACACAGAGGUGGUGGCCUCAGCGCUGCUCAGGCACAUCUACAAUACCUCUGUGGAUGGCAUCUUUGAUAACGGCCUGGCUGUGUCUGAAAAGAGCAUCCUGUCCUGGCUGGAUCUCAUCACCUCACAGCCUCGCUCCCCACAGCUGCUGUCUGGCAAGAACAGUCCUCUGGUCACCACCCUCCACCAGAUACUCAGCAGAUACACCAACGAGGCGCGGGUCACCUAUCUCAAAGCUGAUAAACGUGAUCCUGAGUGGGUGUUCUAUGAUGUGACAAAAGCUUCUAUGGCUGCAUAUGCCGUCAAGCCUGCCGCCUUUGACUUCCUGUUGACCCUUGGCAUCCUGGCAUACCUCGGGGUGAUCUAUGUCUUCCUCCAGUACUUCCCCAAGCUGUAUGUGAUGAUGGUGCGUCUGGCCUCCCCACACAAGACCAAAGCCCACUAGGUCAUUGUUGUGUGUAUGUGUGAGUGUAUUCUUCCUAAACACUGAGUAAGUUACAGCUACAAAGUCCCAGAAAUGUGUCAAGAAAACCUGUAACCAGUAUUUUGUACACUAUUGUGAUAUAUUGUGUCCAUUAAAGCCAGGGUUGUUCUCUAUUGAGUUGAUUGUAAUGAAGUGUGAGGUUUUGUAGACUUUUUAUCAUUAUGUUUAUUGUUUGUAAUCUCAUCUCUCUGUGGCGCCAGGUGGCUUGCGUGUUUCUGUUGCUGCCUCCUGGCCUGUGACACUACCAUCAUUAUUGCUCAUAUUUUUUUAUGUUCUUGGUUAUUGAGAGGAGAAAAGGUGAUGUGGUGAUGUGUAUGUCAAUAGAACAGCCUCAUUAACUCGUCCUGUUUUGUGUGUGUGCGUGCAUGUGUGCGUGCUUGUUUGCGUGUGUAUGUGCAUGUGUGCGUGCUUACUAAAGGGCAAAAAAAGACAUGGUUUUUACUUGUGUAUAAAUCUACAUUACAUGAUAUUCAGUUUUGUCUUGGUUCAUCUCAGUUUUCAUCUCUAUCUUUAUUUGUCAGAGUCCUGUUUUUGUCUUUGUUUUUUCUAUUUCUGUACCUAUUUUACUGUUGAUUUCUGUAUUUAUUCUCAUUGAUUUCUCUCUCUCUCUCUCUCUCUCUCUCUCUCUCUCUCUCUCUCUCUCUCUCUCUCUCUCUCUCUCUCUCUCUCUCUCUCUCUCUCCUUUGCAUUUUUGUGCACACAAUACACACCAAUAGCAAUGUACUUUUUGUGAGAUGUGGAGUUCUAGGCUGCAUUGAUGUGCAGACACUCACUGUGAGUUGUGGUGUUGCACUGAACGAGAGGUGGUGCUAACAUAGGACAGGUGUCACAUAGCUAACUAACACUUGCUCAGCCUAAUUUCCUAAGUUGGUGCACAGUGAGGCUGAGACGUUGAAACUCUCACCCUUCUCUUUUAACCUCUUUUAUUUAAUGUAUGCUGCAAACCUUGUGUAUGAUAUUUUACUAUGCUGUUCUUUUUCAAGCUGGUGCACAGGGAGGUUGAUACUCUGAAAGCCUUCUCUCUUUCAUUUUACUUCUACUUGUUAUGUUGGAGAGAUCUUGUGCAUAUUUAUUUCACUGCUUUGUUUUGUCUUUUAUUUGUAUGUUAAUUUGUUCAAUUUUAAACAUUAUACUUAUUGCACUGGAGAGAUUAGCAUUAUGUAACUUUAUUUCACUGCUUUGCUUCACUCAAUUUCUUAUGUCAAAACUCCCACUCUCUAACUUCUCCCUUUUCUGUUUUGUCAUGUGCUUUACCACUUGCUUUCAAUUUACCUUUAUGACAGUUGCAAUCUGAAUGAUUUAUAACAAGUAGUAAUGCCAUAAGAAAAAGCUUGAAUAAAGUAAAAAUAAGGUACUGUUAGGAGUGGAGAGUUGGCCCACAAGUACAGCAAGUCACCAGGCAAUAGAAAUUCAAGGAUUGUCUUUAAGUAGGCUUAAAUUAAACAUGAGUUCCUCUUAACUUGACAUUGCUGCACAGCCUUGGAUAUUUUAUGCUAUGCAGACAGCGAUGUUAGGUCUGUUUGCAUUUAAUUACACGUGUUUUUACAGAAUUGAGUCACACUUGUUUUGUUGUACUAUCUUUGUGUGUGUGUGUGUGUGUGUGUGUGUGAUUGUAUGAAUAUAGAAAAUAUAUUCAUGAAACAAAUACCAGAGUGAUGGUGUACAUACUACUGUAUCUAUUCUCCAUGACUGAUUCUUCAAAAUGGUUACUUCAUUAAUCAGCUGUUCUUUUCAUAGCCACAAUCUCAUUUUCUGUUCCUUGAUCAGUAGUGUGUACAUUUCCAUCACUGGCUGUCUCAUUCAAAGACAAAGAAAGUGUUUGCAUGCAGGACACCUUAUUAAUACUUUGGUGUUCCUGUACUGCAUUAACAAACAUUCUCAGUUGAAUACAAUAGUUAUGCUUAAGUACAUUCAGUUGUUGUUUGUAUACAGUUGUUGAGCAUAAGUACAUUCAGUUGUUACUCAUAUAACCAUGGCAUGAAUCCUUUUAAUCUGGGUUUGUUGCGGUCACAAUCAUCCCAGUGUAUUUCCCUGAUGUAUUGUUGUGGGGCGGUCCACUAACCUGCUACAGGCAUCUGGUAUUGAUUCAUUGAAGGUUUGUUUGCUCAAGGUAAAGGAAGCAAGGAGAGGAAGGAGUCAGGGACCACAGAUGAAGGAGCCCAGUACAAAUAAAUGUACGAUGAUAAUUAUGGUUAAAAAAUUGGGAAUGUAUUUUGAAUAUUAUAUUGUGAAAAUUGUUUUAAGAUAUUAUUGUUUGUUUUGUGUCAGAUAUGAUCAGCCAAAAGUAAUGUAUUUUGUGUGUCAUGUAUGAAAAAUUGAGGAAUGUGUUUUCAAUCAUUUUGUGGUGGUAAACUUGUUACUGUUACUGGUAGUGAUAUGCUACUCUAAGACAGCCAUUAUUGUUAAUCCUGAACAUUUUGUCAUAAAAAGAAAUUCAGGACAAUCAUUGGACAUUUAACUGGACAAGUUCUGGAUGUAAGAAAUCUUGCCAAACAAGGAUUUGAGAUCUGUCAAACAUGUCCUCACUUAUGAUAACUUGUGUGUGCAUUACAUUGACUGGUGUGGUUCCCCUGGUGACUGGUGAGCUUGAAGGACAAACACCAGGAGAGCAGAGAUGUAUUUGGUGAUAUGCAAAGGUGUAUGGUGCAUCACAGUAUUAUGAAUAACUGCUACAAGUAAUAGACAGAACACACUCAUUUAGUUAGUACGUGCAUAUAGUACAUACAGUAGAAUCCAUCAUCACCUGUUAAACUUUGGCAAAGAAACCAUGGGAAACAAGGUACUUUAGAGUCAGCUGAUGAUGAUGAUAGUUCAGUGACAAACAUCAUGCAGUAAUAACCAGAAGUAUACAUAGUUCAAAUCCUGGUAUUUUAGUAAUAAAGGUUUUAGUGACAUGUUUUGUGCUGGUAUACAGAUGGCAGCAUGAAGCGUGACAGGUGUCGACUCUAGAUUGUUGUUAUGCACUACUUGGUUACCUCAGCAUUAAUCUACAAGCAAUCCCAUCUUUUUUUUUUUUUUUUUUGUUUCAUGUCUUGUACUCUCUCAAUACAAAGUGAUUGUGUACUCAAUAUGGUGCCAUGUUGGAAAAGAUUUCUUGCACAUUUGAGGCAGUGAAUGGGAAUGCAGGGAUCUGUGUUGAAAGUUAUUUAAGAUUUGAAAGCAUGGUGUUGUAGGCUUGCCCUUGCUGGCUCACAGCAGGUGAGGUAGCACUGCCCAGCUGGUGCUGACCACCCUUGUUGUUGCAGUGCCAUAACUCAAUGAAUUUCCAAUUUCUGCUGUAACCAAGCUUGUACUGUAGUGAUACAAGGCAUGGCAUCCAGUGUUGACAGACAUCCAUCAAACAGUACAUUGAAGUGAUUAUCAAGUCAGAGGUUUUAGCCUUUAAAUACUUCAUGUAGGUCACUUGUCACACUCUUUCUUUACCACAUCAAGCAUAAUGAUUAACUUAAGAAGUGCUCUUACCUUGGAAUUACAGCAUCACACAUUGUCAUUUUUUUUUAGGUGGUUCCUUUAGCUACAACUACAAGUCCAAUAAAACAGACCUCCAGUGUUUAAUACUUUAGGCUGUGAUGUGGUUUGGACUCUGUAGCCACCAGCCAAACAUUUGUGCUGCCCAAGGGAAUGUUGAAAAUAAUUUUGUUUUCCUGCUAAGGAUACCUGGUGUCCAGCACACACUUAUACACACUUGGCCAAAAUGUUAUGUGACCCCUCUGUACCAGCCUGGCAGGUUUAGUGGCUUAAGGAUGAUGCUUUGUAGUAUGUAAUGUUAUGAAGCUGUAAUAAGUUUCAUCCAGCAGCCACACAAAAGCAACAGCAUUGCUACAACACAAACUUGGCAGGUGGUAUGAGGGGGUGGGUGGAGAUGAUACAUUUUGCUGAAUAGUCAGGCAUUUGAUAACAAAAGUCACAUCAACACAUUAUCUACCACAAAGCAAAUAUUGAGUGGGAAAGGAAUGUCAUCUUCAUAUUUCAGAAUAUGAGAUUACAGAAUACAUCAGGUUUGAGUUUUUGUUCUAUAUGAAUUCAGAAUGAGUGGAUGUAUUACUUCUAUAAAUGUAACAAAAAUCACUUAAGGUGAAAUAUAAUUUACUGACACAUCCCUCCUUGGAUGCUCAAAGAACAAAAAAUAUAAUAUCUAGUGUAUUGGAAGAGAAUGACCCGUAUAUUGUGAUGAUCUCUCGGGACUCUCAAGAAACAGAAAAUAUAAGGUCUAGUGUAUUGGAAGGGGAAAAGAAAGCCCCCAAUAUAUUAUGACCAUUUCCUCCCUUGACACUUAGAGUGAGAGUGAGAAAUGUGACGACUUGUCAAUAGCCCUGGCUAUCAAACAGACUUCCUUAGUGUUGCGAGGCCUUCCAGCAUCCCUGUAAUGUUGUCUUUGCCUUAGGAAGUGACAGAUAUACAAGGCCAGAGGAGAGAAGGGGUGUAUAGCACCAGCCUCCUCUCUCUGUUUGGUAGGGAGUCUAUUUUUCUGCUUUCUGUGUAUUUUUUAAACUGGAAGGGCAGGAAGAAAGUCAGUCUGGCCCUCACACAUGACUUCCCUCUGAUGUGCAUGUUGUAAAUAUUGUUGGUAUUUGAAUCUAUUCCAGUAUCAGGUCCUUUUUAUUUCCUCUCAACUGGAGUAGGUAACUGAUGAAUAAAAAAGAUUUUCUCUAAGUA